CAGUCAGUCAGUCGUGUAUCGGCACUUGCUCGACGCGGACGUUUUGUUACGUGUAUAAAUUUUACUUUGCGUCAAUCGAUCGAAAAGCGCCAUCUAGCUGUCAGUUUCACGAUUCUGUCUGUGUCUGGUUCGAGGCUGUGAGUGAGUGAUUCGAAUGCGCGGGCCUGGCAGAGCUUCGACGAUUAGCCGAUCAUCUCAGUCAGUCGUUAGUUGACCACCGUCGGAUUAAGUCGUCUAGUUUAGUGUUUGACCGUGGACAGAUCCAUGCGAGGAAAGGUCCAGUUAGAUCGUGAGUGAGAUAAGCAGGAAGCAGCGAAGUGAAAUCGAAAAGAAGAAUCGGGAUAAUCGGUGAGAAAAUUCGACGUUCGACAUUGAAAGGUCGCAGGGUUGAAAGGAUUCGAUUACACACAGGGUUGUGGUUUCGCGCGGCUUAACUGGUCGAGCUGCGGACCGGAAGUAUGAAGUGUCGUGGGGAUUCGAAGUGGUUCCCAGGUUCCAGCGAGACGAUCAUUGCCGUUAGUGCUUCGAGACGGUGAGAAAAGAUUCAUUCCGGUGCGGUUACUUUGAACGAAACGAAACCAAGGUGCGAUGUCCGCCGAUCCGUGCUAAAGAAGAAGUGAUUUGUGAACGAAGUGAUUGAUAAAAGAAAGGAUCUGUGAGACAAGGAUCAGGUUGUGGUGUGAAAAAGGGGUGGCCACUAGAAAUGCAACGGAUUUUGACCGCUCGCAGCACGGGCUUGUGGGCAGCGUUGUUGAUAUUGGCGAUAGUUUCCGAGUCCUGGACGGUGGGACACUUGGCAGCAGCGUCAUCUCUGACGGAGGUUGAACUCGAGGACGAUUACCUGGUUGCGACCGCGGAGCUAGAGCAGCACUGUAUUCAUCGCUGUCCGGAUCAGAACCGAACCGGCUUCAAUGAGCAUAUCGACGUCAGCUGCGGCAGUGAUUGCUACCUUACGCAGUGCGCCGUCGGUUGUCGCCUGUGGGAGCUAGCGCUGGAAUCAUCCUGCCAGAAUGUUUGCAACAAAACCGACCAGGAGCUACUGGAACCCAAGGAACUGUAUUGCGUGAUGGGCUGCAACGAUGCUCUCAAUCGGUACUUCAAAUGGCUCAAGGCCGAAAUCGGAACACCCUCGGCUCCGGCCCUGGUCGCCGACAGCCUGACGGCAACUUCCCUAUCCCUAGAAUGGGAGGUUCCGGAGCGGCUGGUUCAACUGUCACAGCACAAGAGCCACGGCCCACGUAGCUAUCUGGUUCAGUGGCGCUACGAGGAAGUGGCCGGAGACUGGAAGUUCUGUCGGAACCAAAGCAUGGGUGAUAAUUCUACGAUACGGGUGGAUAAUCUGCAACCGUACACGAAGUAUCGGUUCCGCGUAGCUCUUCUGCUGUCACCACACCACGACGAGGUGCUCAUCUCGGAGCAGAGCGUUAUCAUUCUAACCCUGGCCAAGGGCCCACCGAUAUCCGAACCGAAAAUUGUACGCGCCGUUGCGGUAGAUCAUUCACGAAUAUCCAUCUCAUGGGAGCCCGGUCCGUUCCCGAACGGUCCCGUCCUGUCAUACGUGCUCCAGAUCAAAGAUCUCGACCCCAUAGGCUACAGUGCCCUCAAGGACAUCCCGGAGUCAAACUUCUCCCGGUACUACAUCUUCGAGAAGCUAACCGGCGAACGGAACUACUCCGUAUCGGUAACCAUGCGUAAUCCGGAGGGGGAAGGUCCACCCUCGGUAACGUACGUGCAAACUCCUGCUCAACCGCUCGAUCUGGAAGAGGACAUCCAGCCGACGUUGAUUCUCGGUGCUGAACACUCUGUUCUGUCGCAGGGAUCGGAUCUCCUUUCGGAUCCACCGACGAAUUUUUAUCGUAGUCCUAGUCAUCGGAUUCGAGGAACUGCUAUCCAUAUUCGAAAAAGUUUGAUCUUCGUUUCGGAUGAGGCCGGGUUCGUGUACAAAGCUCCUCUUCGGUCCGGGGCGGAAAAGGGUCGGAUUGCAAUUUUGACGCCGGAGGCAGGUCAUAACUUUAGACCGACGUUGCUUUCCGUGGAUUGGCUGAACGAUCACCUGUACAUUUUGGGGCAGGCUAAGAUCACCGGUUUAUGGCAGAUCUCCCGGUGCGAUUUCAGCGGGGAACGAAUGACGGUGGCGAUUGCUGGGCUUCAGCGGCAGCCGGAACAUUUUGAGGUGGAUCCCUUCAACGGAUACUUGUUUUGGGUGAUCAGCAGUCGAACGCCGGAUGCGGGACUAUUUCGGCUUGACUUAGGGGAUAUUUCCAACGGGGUGAAGCAUGAAAUCAAGCCGCUUCAGCUGAACAACCACCAUAACUUGGGGGCAUUCUCCAUUGAUCACACCAGCUUUCGGGUGUUGGUUCCCGAUCAGGACGCUAACACCGUUCUAGCCAUUUCGUUGGACGGUAAAACGACUGAAAAUAUUCGCAGCAAUACGCAGCGACCCCGUUUCGAGAAGGUUAACUCCAUAGCCCUGGCGAAUGGGUUGUUCUACUGGACGAACGGAAAGGAGGUCCUCGCUGAGGACUACCACAAAAAGCAGGAUAGCUACUACCACAACGCGUUCCCGAUCGCGUCAAACAAUACGUACUUCAGUAUAUGCGUGAACCUGUCAUCAGCCCAACCGGUUCCGAUCCCCGUUAAUCCACCGAGAAACGUUCAGGCACUGCUGACCAACAACAAGAUCAAGAUUUUCUGGAACGAGCCGCACCUGUUGGGAAUUAAGGGCAAAGGUGCUUGGCAGGAGUGGAUGUACGAGUUGGCGCUGAGUGAGGAAAGUAGCGGGAAGGUGAUAGCUUUUCCGGAGAUUAGCGGAACUUUAUUCACUUCCAUAGAUGGGGAGUUGCUGGCACCGGGUCGGGAAUACGUGAUAAAGGCUGCUGCGUAUACGAAUGCGGGGCGUGGUCCGUGGAGUACGGAGUUCCAUGCGCGUACGUUGAAGGAUACUCACGAACGGCAUCUGCUUUGGUCCGGCAGUGAAGGUAUCAUGCGAAGUGAUGUGAUUGGGGAUAGCGUUGAGACGUUGAUAACGAAGGCUGAUCUGGAGGACGGAGUGGUGACGGAUAUUACCUGGUUCGAGAGUGUUCUGUAUGUGGUUAGCAAUUCGACGCUGAUGUUCUACAAUCAGACCGGGGAAGGGCAGAUCAGUAAGCUGCGGGAGCUGGAGUCGGUGGAGUGUGUGACGGUUGAUUGGAUCGGACGGAGACUGUACUUUUAUAACCCCUCGCAGCAGAUGAUCGUGAGGAGUAGCUUGCACGGGGAGCAGCACGAACCGAUACACAAUGUGAAGAAUGUUCGGGAGAUAAAGUUUGAUGGUCUGCGGGGGUAUAUCUACUAUACUUCGGAGUUUGCGAUGGAGGCGUUUCGGUUGAAUGGGAAGGAUAAACAUAGUUACUAUCUGGAGAAUGAUCGGUUUACGGGGAAGGGAGUGAUCGGUUUGACGCUGGAUAUGAACAGCGAAAAGGUUUACUGGAUCGUGCGGAGUAUUAGCAAUUCGGAGCUGUUCAGUGCGCACAUGGCCGGAACGGGUUCGGUUAAGGUCACUUCCCUGGUGACUAGGCUAUCGGAGCAAUCGCCUCGUGGACCUCUGUCGCAUUUCAGCGAUCGAUUGCUAUGGCUUCAGCAGGACGAGGUGGUGGUCGGUGAUUUACGAGGGGAGAAUCUGGCUCACAUCAGAAACCAGAAGCUAAAUGGGACCCGAGCUUUCACAAUAAUCGAUCCAGCGCAUCACGUCUACCCGGAAGACAAUCCGAAUGUGAAUGUCCUCCCGAUGCAGGUCAACGAUACCACAAUCCGUAUCCAGGGAACCUGGAAGAAGUUCAGCAUCGUUUGGGACCCGGUCACUAACGUCAACUACGGCAAGGUAUUCUACAAACUCACCAUCAAAGUGAAAGGGAAAAAGGACGAAAUCCACGAACUGUCCAAAGCCAUCCAUCCGUACAAUAGCUCUGGAGCGAACCUGCUUCCCCCGCACACCGAAAUCAACAUCACCAUCAACGCCUUCACCUACUGGAGAUCGUCCGCCUUCUCCAGCGCUCGACUCUUCAGCCCCUCCGGCAAACCAUCACAACCGACGCGCCCUCGAGUGUUCGUUAAACACACCAAAGACCCAAUUCAAGACACGCACGCCAUCGAAGCUACCUUCCGCUGGUCAGCACCGAAGACCCCGAAUGGACCGAUCAUCGGUUACAAAGUUCACUGCUGGUACGAAGAAGACGGCAUUACCAACCACGUCCUGCAGAACGAACUGAUCAACCGAACCGAACGCGUCAUUCCGAAUAUGGUUCACAACGUGAGCUACUCGUUCCGGGUGCAGGCACUUACGAAGGCUCGCGAGGGUGACAUGACGCCGGUGCUAACCGUCAACACCGCCGAAGAUCAUCCGAUUCCGCAGGCGUUGAUCGCUACGGCGGAUCACAUUAUCAAGGUGGACUUUGAUUCCGGGGAGACCCAGCAGGUCGUGGGUACGUCAACGCCGGUUAGUUUCAUGGUUCGACUGGCCAGGGAGCGGAAGCUGAUUUGGGUUGAUGAAAACAAUGAACUGUUUCAGUUUGAUGGCUCGAUGAAGACGAAGCUUUACUCGAUCGGGGGUCCGGUGCUGUCUUUGACGGUUGAUUGGAUCCGAAGGAUCGUUUACUGGUCCCAGCACGAGGUGAUAGGGAGUGCGAUCUAUUCGUUUGAUUUGAACCGGUUCGAUGAUGAGGGAGUUCAUUUGGAGAAGCUCGUGUACAGUGCGCACAACAUAACGAACCUGGUGGUGGCGCCGUUCAAUCGGAAGCUAUUCUGGACGGAGAAGUUACCGGAGGAUGUGAUCUACGUGCAUGAUUUUGACGAGAAUCGUACCGAGGAGUUUUUCGAUGAUAGCUUCGAGGAAUGUCCGAACCGGACGGCGGGGAUUACGGUGUAUCCGAUCUUGGCCUUACAAACAUCGGUCAGCGAGGAGGCGAGGCUGUUUUGGGCCGAAACCGGGUUCAGAAGUGUUGGGUUGAGCAGUAAUACCUGUAUGAAUUUUGGGUUCGAGUAUUAUCCGAAGAUGAAGAGUAUUGCGAAAGACAGUGACCACUUCUACUGGUUGGAGGAUGGGGAUGCAAUCGUGAGGACGGAUGAAAAGGGGGAGAUUAUUUCGAAGACGGUUCCUGGAGCGAGACUCCUGUUGCCGCUACAGCUGCAGUACUAUCCGGAGAGACGCUGUUUGAUUCCGCUGCAGAAGAAUCAGAACUACCAGGCGAAGCUGCUGCAGAGAACGGAGAAUUCAUUGACUCUGCUGUUGCCGAAGUCGGAGGUUUACCCGAACUGUUCGGCGGAACCGAGUGGAAUCCGGUACGUAAUCUACUACGACGUGCUUGAUGAGACGGAUGCGAAUGCUACCGCAGACUGCGACGCUAGCAGCUGUAGUUACGUGACUUCCUACGACCGGAGUAGAACUAUUCGAGGGUUGAAGCCGUUCACGAAGUACCGCUUCCAGGUGCUGCUGACUAACUACUAUCAGGAACAGUUCGGAGUGGCUAGCGAACUGGCGGACAGUCCUCGGGUAGGUUCGGUAACCGUGUUUUCGACGGCUGCCGGAGCACCUUCGAAACCUCGCAACAUUAGUGUGCUGGCGAUUAGCCCAACGGAAGCCGUGGUUCAUUGGACUCCGCCGUCGGUGAAAAACAGUGAUCGCGUGUGGUACGAGAUCCAUUGGCAGACGGAGUACAUCCACGAUGGGUCCAAGAAUCGGCAGCAGCAGUUGGUUACUGACUUCGACGAAGAUUUGAACAACCUAUCAAUCAAUCUAACAAAACUACAGCCGAACCAAGCUUACGCCAUCUGGAUCAUGGCAUAUUCCACGGAUACCACGUUCAGCGAAAGCGAUCACGUCAAUAUCGUAACCUUUCCGGAACCGGAAGACAUUCGACUGGUGUCCAAUUCGUCGGACGAAUUGGGCGUCAGCUGGAGACCUCACCUGAACAUCACAACCUACAAACUACAGUACUCCGCCGUAGGCAGCAAAACAUGGACAACCGUCUUCGAAACUGGCAUCAACAGCACCGCUCCCGAAAACGGCAUCUUCCAGGUGACUGGACUACAGCCCAAGACGCAGUACCGUUUCAUCGUCCUUCUAUUCUACCCGAACCGCCGAAAUCCGUACGUGUGGCCUCCGGAUGCCCGUUUCAUCUACGAAACCGAAGCGGAUCGACCGAGUGCUCCGGGCCGCCCUCUGGUAACUCAGAUCCGCCAGGACGUCUACAAGGUAUCCUGGGAACCGUCCAAAGACAACGGAGCUCCCAUCAUGGAAUAUGCGCUGGAAGCACUGGUCAGAUCACCACGAAGUACAAAUCGCGUCGAACGAUCCGCCACAGCGUCAAGCGGUGAAGAGCUGGAAGAUCCGGACAGUUCGGAGGAAAUGAACAACACGAUCCCUAACCGUGCCGACGUCGGUUCCACCGAUAGUCAAGAGUACGUUACCUUCGACGAACACUGGGACCUGGUGUACAACGGAACGGACGUCUACUGGAUCAUACCGGAGAAGCAACCGAUCCACAAGCACACCUUCCGGGUUCGGGCACGGAACGCCUGCGGCUGGGGACCGUUCAGCGGCGAAAGCGAACCAAUCAGUCAACCGCUGCUAUCCGGUCAAACGGGAAACUACGUCAUCAUCGCUGUCAUGUCCGGUUCGGCCAUCUUUUUCAUCUUCCUCGUCCUGAUCUUCGUCUGCGCGUGCCGUCGAGCAGAGAUAGAAAAGAAAAUUUUUAUUGAUGCAACCACUACUCGCAUUCCAGAUGUGGAGCUAGCGAACCUCCGCGAGCUGCCCCGGCGUGGCAAUUUCAUUCACAGCAAUAACAUCCUGUACAUUUCGGGGCCGCUCACGGAUUCCGAGAUAGCACUGCUGCCGCAGAUUCGCCGAGAACAGAUCACAAUGACCAGUUCGCCCUUCCUGGGUAGCGGGGCGUUCGGUGAGGUCUACGAAGGAAUCGUCAAGGGAGUUGGAGCUGAAGCUGAGACUAGAGUGGCUAUUAAGACCCUCCGGAAAGGAGCUACCGAACAGGAGAAAGCUGAAUUCCUCCAGGAGGCUCAUCUCAUGAGCAACUUCAAGCACAAACACAUUCUCAAACUGAUCGGCAUCUGUCUAGAUCUGGACUCACUAUACAUCAUCAUGGAGCUGAUGCGAGGUGGCGACCUGUUGAGUUAUCUACGCUCGAAUCGACCAUCACCGGGCAAUCCUUCGCCGUUAACCCUUCUGGAUCUGAUUACGAUGUGCGUGGAUGUCGCCACAGGCUGCCGCUAUCUGGAGGAGAUGCAUUUCGUUCAUCGUGAUUUGGCCUGUCGAAACUGUCUGGUUUCAUCGCCCGAUCCAAGGGAGCGGGUCGUCAAAAUUGGUGAUUUCGGUUUAGCUAGGGACAUCUACAAUAACGACUACUACCGGAAGGAGGGCGAAGGUUUACUCCCCGUCCGCUGGAUGUCCCCGGAAAGUUUGGUGGAUGGAGUGUUUACCUCUCAGUCGGAUAUCUGGGCUUUUGGAGUGUUGCUGUGGGAAAUUAUGACACUUGGACAGCAGCCGUAUCCGGCCAGGAAUAACUUGGAAGUACUGCACUACGUGCGGGACGGUGGCCGGCUUACUCGACCGCAGGAUUGUCCCGAAGAACUUUACCAACUAAUGCUAAAAUGCUGGAGUUACUCGCCGGAAGAUCGACCGACCUUCCGAUAUUGUCUAGAAGAACUAAAAUCUCUACAGGAGCGAACCAGUGAUUCGAUACAGAUCACCUCGCAGUUCCCGUGCAAAGUUCAGAACGGUGCGGUAUUUAACCGAUCCUAUCUGCUUUCCGACAUCAAUCACAACCCGUUCAUGGCAGACAUCAAGUUCGGCAGCAGCGGCAGCGGUGGAGCCUUCAUAAUUACCCCGGCAACCUCGUCCGGCAGUAGCGGAGCUACCGUGAUGACCACGACGAUACCCAAGUAUCUGGAACUUGUGUACGACGACAGCAACAGUAACAACAGCAAGUGUUCGACCGGCGAGGAUGUUCCGCUGACGAUUGGCUUAACGAACGGGUUUUCCGGUCCAUCCGGACCAACCGAUAACGGGUACGAGAUCCCGAUCAACGAGAUCAUUCUUCGGCAGCAGGCUACCGCCGGCGGCAGCAACAUCAAGGGCCGCACCUUUUCCAGUUCGUCGACGGUCAGCAAUGUUAGUACACUGCCGUCAGUAGCGAUCGCUUCCGGAUCGGGAGCUGGUCACCACCAUCAACAGAAGCAACAACAACGGUUAGAUGACUGCUCCAGUCUGGAAGCUCUGCUGCCGAUGAGUUCGAUCCUUACCGUUAAACUGCCGGAUGAACUCGAGGCGGACUGCGGGACUUUGUCGCAGCAGUGUGAGGACAGUAUUACCAGGGAGCAGCAGCAGCUUGCUGCGGUGGCCGACGAAUGUAAGACGAUGAUGUGAGAGCCGACCGAUUUUUUUUCCGAUAACAGUCGACACAAAUUAGAAACAUUCCAAAGAACAGUAGCAAUACAGCGGUGUAAGAUGCUCAACCCAAGGCAGUUAACGAACGACUUUUUCAGUAGCUAGAGAGAGAGAGUGUUAGUCCUAAGCACAAUUGUACAUAGUUAGACCAAAUUUGCAACAAACCGCAACAACAAACAACAAAAGUUAUAGGUUAAGGUAUAACCCAUGUUCCAAAUGUCAGUGUUCUCGUCGCCAAAAACUAAUGCUUCCGUAUGCGAUUCCCAAGAGUUUAGAGCCCGCCUGCUUUGUUUACCCGCCAUCAAUCAAGAUGUGUUGCAUCCGCCGGACAAUGGGCGUAACCUUAGGGAUGCUCGAAAUGGAAGCUUUUGUAAAAUUUUCCUACUAAGAUUAAUGGCUAACAGUGUUUUCCUGUAAAUAUUAUGAGUUAUAGAUUUUUUUAUAGAAGUAAAUUCAAUCGCCGAAGCGAAUCAGAACCAACUGUAAAUAGUUUGGACCGGUUGAGUGUUUGUAUGUAUGUGUGUGUGCGUUAGGUUUCCGGGUGCAGUUAGAUAAAAGUACAAUCAGAAAAUUGCUUUCACCCUUAUAUUAAAGGUGACUUUGACUGAAACUGAUGGAUGUGUGGAAUAGCUGGGGUGUUUUAACUAUUAAAAAGUGUCGUGGCAAAAGACACAAAAUACUACUUUUAACGAACAAUAAGUUAUUGUUUUCUUUCAGUUAACUGUAAUCAAGCACAGUCAGUUGUAUUUUGAACAAGAGUUUAAAAAGACGAACAAACCAAAAAGAAACAUGCGAUAAUCUAUAGAAAUAUAUUUUAGUAUGAUAUUAAAAACUUGCAACUAUUA